CCCCAAGCCAUAGAAUAGACAGUGAGAUAGAAGAAAUGGGGUCAGGGUGGUCGGCAGAGGAGGAUGGGCAGGCGCUGCAGGAGCGGCCAGCGUCUGCAAGCGCUGCCACAGGAAGCGAUGGACAUGACAAAGGGAAGGCGGUGAGCGGAAGCUUGGGCGCAGAGGUAAAGCUGGAGCAUGGCUUGGAAGCUAUCUUGAAAGAUGCAGACUUGGCGUUGGAUAGGUCUUCCUUGGAUAAGCUUCGUGCUCAACUCCAUGCUGGGAUCUUAUUGAACAAAGGAACUAAGAAAUAUUGGUUAGAUAAGGAGUCGAACUGUAACUGUUUUAUGUUAUUUCCAAGAGCUCUCUCCAUAACUUGGGUCCACCAGAGAAAGUAUUGGAGAUGGAAAUCCUUGGAAGAGCUGAGCAAUACAAUCGAAAUCGUUGAACUUAUAAACGUAUGUUGGCUUGAAAUCAAUGGAAAGAUCCAGACAUGUGAGCUCUCACCAGGAGUUUUGUACGAAGCAUUCUUUAUGGUAAUGAUCACAGAUCCAUCCUACGGAUGGGAUGUUCCAGUGAACAUUAGACUUAAGAUACCAGAUGGGAGCAAGAAGGAGCGUCUAGAAGAUUUGGAGAAGAGGCCACGAGGGCAGUGGUUCGAGAUUCCGAUAGGCGAUUUCGUGGUUGACCACAAGAAUGGUGGCGAGAUCGAGUUCGACAUGUAUGAAUAUGAAGGAGGGAUGUGGAAGAAAGGGAUGCUCCUAAAAGGUGUUGUGAUUCGAACAAAGCGGAUGGUUUGAAAAUGAUAAUAUGUGUUUCAAUGAAAGCGUUGCUCGACACAACUCUCAAACUCGAACACGAACUCAAAGAAAAAUCAUGAAUGUAUCACAAGUGCAUAUCUAGUGCUAUUAACCCAUAACCAAAGUUAUCACAUUACGCACUAGUUUCAUAAUUUGAUAAUCUUCAACCCAAGAUGCACCUGGGAAUUGAACUCUGCAUAUC